GUAACGAUGGCACAUGAAGGAAGAGUCUGUUGACCCAGUAACUGCGGAUGCUGUGGCGGUUGGUCGAUUAAUCGGACAUGAAUGUUGGUAUUCGGGAGUUGUGUCCGCCUGCGCCAGCAGCAACUUUACACCCGCACACGUUGCUCAGUACUGGAGGCCAGACUUAUUUAUAGACACUAAGGAGCAUCCCAAAUCAGAGGUGAUGGAUCAGCUGGAUCUCUCCAUAGAGUAACAGUUUUAAUCAUUCAGCAGCAACACAACCAAAAGUGUACAAGUGACCAUUCAGCAUGCUGAGUGGAGUCACUACUCAGGAUAGGAAAGAGAAUGACUCUUCUCCAACGAACUCCAGAGUGCAAGGAGCUCCAGUGGACCAGGGCUGCAGACAGUUCGAGUCAGGAAGCAGGAAGGCUGGAUCAAACUUCAAAAUGGCUUCUCGAUCUAGAGUGAGUUCAGGAGAGGACGAGGAGACAGAGAGGCAACAAAGAGCAAGACCUGUGGUUAAAGAGAAUGGGGAAGAAACUUCUAGAGGAGUACAAGGCCAGGAGGAUGUGGAGAUGAAUAGUGGUUCUGAUAGUGUGGAAAGGACACAAUGCUGUUCGUUCUCAGCCAGUCAUAGUUCUGGAAGCACCACAGGCUCAGGCAGCACCAAGAGUGAGCAGGCAGAGCACGGUCGAGAGCAUGCUCAUCGGGAUGUGAUGCAGACUGUGCAGGAGAUGAAGAAGAGGCUGCCAACCGAGAAAAGAAGUCGUAGCAAGGCGAGCACAGUAAAAGCACUGAACUACGCCCUCAAAUGUGUCAAACAAGUGCAAGCAAACAGUGAAUACUACAAGUUACUGAUGUGCAACGGAUUGGAAGGAAAGAAAGAUGCCACUGUUUGCACCUUGGAACAUUUAGAGGGCAUCACGUCUGAACAUACGCUUAAAAAUACAGACUCAUUUGUUGUGGUGUUCUCUCUGGCCACGGGCCGGGUGGUGUAUGCUUCGGAGCAGGCCUCCAGUAUCCUCAACUGCAAGCGCAAGUUUCUUGACUCAGCCAAGUUUGUAGAGCUUCUGUUUCACCAAGAUGUUAAUGUGUUCUACUCUCACACUGCACAGCCACACCUGCCACCCUGGAAUGUAGGAACAGAUAGCGCUGCCAUGCUGUUUGAAUGUGCCCAGGUGAAGUCCUUCUUCUGCAGAAUCAGAGGAGGAAAAGACCGUGAUGGGGAGAUGCGUUACAACCCAUUCCGGAUCACACCAUACCUGCUAAAAUUACAGGGGAUUAUUGGAGAGGAGGAACACCAGUGCUGUUUGGCUCUGGCUGAACGCAUCAUCUCAGGAUUUGAAGCUCCCCGUAUUCCUACAGACAAGCGCAUUUUCACCACCACUCAUUCUCCUGGCUGUGUGUUCUUAGAAGUAGAUGAACGUGCUGUGCCUUUGCUCGGAUAUCUUCCACAGGACCUGAUAGGCACAUCGUUGCUGACUUGCCUCCACCCUGAGGACCGCACUCUCAUGCUGGCCUUGCAUCGCAAAAUUUUGACAUAUGCAGGCCAGCCUCCAUUUGAGCAUUCACCAAUCCGCUUCCGCUGUCAGAAUGGAGACUUUGUCACCCUGGACUCCAGCUGGUCCAGCUUUGUUAAUCCCUGGAGCCGCAAGGUGGCAUUCAUCAUUGGCAGGCAUAAAGUCCGCAUAGGACCUCUAAAUGAAGACGUGUUUGCUGCAAGAAACAAGGCAGAUGCAGUAAUUCAUGAGGAUGUUAAAGAACUACAGGCCAUGAUCUACAAAAUUUUCCUACAGCCGGUUCACACCAACGGUUCGAGUGGCUAUGGCAGUCUAGGCAGUAAUGGCUCCCAUGAACCCUACAUCAGCAUGGCCUCGUCCAGUGACAGCAAUGGGAACCUGUGGGAAGAUUCACAUCGAGAACCAAUGACACUUCAGCAGAUAUGUGCUAAUGUAAACAAAGUGAAGACCGGUGGCCAGCAAGCCUAUCUGAACUCUCGGAGGAAGAUCACACUUCUAGGCAAAGUCACAACAGAAUCCCCCGCACAAUUCCCUGGUGGCCAAGCUGUACAGGGUAUGAAAGGUGCCCUGGAGGAAUCACACUGGAAACAGUCGCACAUUCCCUCCUACCAGCAGAUCAACUGUGUUGACAGCAUCAUUAGGUACUUGGAAAGCUGCAGUGGCUCAGCAUUGAAACGGAAAAGUAAAUCCCUCUCUGUGGCUACCUCUUCCUCAACUUCAUCUGAAGAAGAUAAGACUCCUGCAGCCCCACUGGAAGAAAUGACCAUUGCAGAGGCAUCUAUGGAGCCUAGUGGUACAUUGGAGAGCCAGAUUUCAACUGGUUCAGCGGUGACCGUCACACAUACCACAGCAGCUGUGGUGGGGGCUCCACUAACUGACAUCACCCUGUCCACUAAAGCCAUGAGCAUAGUGUCAGUGACCAGUCAGUGCAGCUACAGUAGCACCAUUGUGCACGUUCCUCAGCCUGAAUCAGAAGUGACAGCUCUAGAGGAUGCACCAAUAGGAAGCGAGCAGACUGACCCAGCCCCAGCACUACCUUCAUCUAAAUCAGUGCCCAGUUCCUCCACCAUGGCCCAGGAGGAGCUCCAAGUUGUGGGGCUUACCAAGGAGGUUCUGUCAGCUCAUACACAAAAAGAGGAGCAGGACUAUGUGGAUCGCUUCAGACAUUGCAUCCUGGAGAGCCCCUACAGCUCCUACCUCCAACAGACCGACAGCAGCAUGGCCCAUUCCAACCACAGAGUUGAUUAUGUAACAAGACCAAUGAGCACAGGGGACUGGAACAGAUCCCACUCAGGCAAACCCAGACACAAGCGCCCAAAACCACAGGUCUCAUCCGACAGCGACGGAUUUCACCCUGCCAACUUCUUGCCAACACCCAUGUUUGCUUUUAAAAACUCCUCAUCUGAAUCUUCCCAGCCUAAGCCCAACAUUUGCUCCCCCAUGCUGAUGCCCGUUCAGAUGCCCUAUUACCCUUUACCACCUCAGCCUGGUGCCGAGCAGCUGCAAGGUGUGCCAGUGGCUAUGCAACCUGAGCAGAUUCAACCAAUGCAGUCAGUUAUCCCAGUUAUGAAUCCAUUCAUUACCCCUGUCAUGGCUGUCCUGAUGCCCUAUCCUGUCAACUUCACCAUUAAUCCCCAAGGUGUACCAGGCAUGCCCAGUGUACCAGGUGUACAGGACAUCACCUCUGCUGGAUUAGCACAUUCCUCCUUCACCCAUCCUGUUUUCAUGCCUCUGCUGGUCAAUCCUCAGGCAGGUCCAGGCUCCAUGCCCCCAGCUCCUGGUGCAAUGCUCUCCUCACCGGUCCCGUCACCGUGGCAGGAGGAGGACACGGACCCUGCUCAGCCAGCACUUUUCUCCAGUUCCAGGUCCAGCAGUCCUCUUCAACUCAACCUGCUACAGGAGGAGCUGCCAAAACCAAACGUCCCACAGAGCAGCACAGGUCAAGCUGAGAGCCUCCAUGAGCCCCACUCGAAAGGGGAGGAUGCUCCCAGUGAUUCAGGUAAUCAGGAUGCUCAGUCCACCUCCAGUGUGCUGCUGGACCUUUUGCUACAAGAGGAUGCAUGCUCUGGAACCAGCUCCAAUGCCUCGGGCAGUGGAUCUAGAGAGUCCAGAGGUUCUCUGGGCUCUGGCUCAGGCUCAGGCCUGGGUUCUAAUGGCACUUCUACCAGCCACACAGGCAGCAGCAACAGCAGCAAGUACUUUGCCAGCAAUGACUCCUCGGACACAUCACGGAAGGCCAGGAAAAGCCAGGAGGGUCCAGAGUGCACCAGAUUCGACAAGUGUGUCGAGGACUCCCUGUGGACCAUGAUCCAACACACACCAGAGCCAGUCAUGAUGACUUAUCAGAUCCACCCCAGGGACCAAGCACAGGUUUUAAAGGAGGACCGGGAGAAGCUGCUUCUCUUACAGCCCAUGCAGCCUUGGUUCACCCAGGAGCAGAAGGGGGAGCUGGCAGAGGUGCACUCCUGGAUCCACCGUCACACUGUUCCUGAGGAGAUAGACACAAAGUUUUCAGGGAUGUGUGAGCUGUAACUCCAACGCUGUUGAGGAUCAAAAUAUGCCAACUUGCUCCCCAAGCCCUCCUACUCCAGACAGCUCGUCCCCACAGGACUGCCCCACAGAAGACAUCAGCGCCACAUCUGAUACCUGACUGGCCCCUAUGUCACUCUUAGCACUUAGCCAAUGAAACCACAGGCCCAGGCUCCAUUGAGCUGGACCAGUACUGUCUUUCAUUCAAUCACACUGGCCACUCAGUGGUAAGGUCUGGAGUUUUUGAAACCUUUAGGUCUUGCACAGAUGUGAUGGGAUUUAGCUUUACAGUACAAGAACUUUAUAAACGCACACAGUUCAGACAGGGGGAGAAUAAUUUUAAAACAGAUUCACCUUUACCUGUUCCACAUGAUGGAAUCACACAACUGUGAAUUGUGCAUUUUGUUAGGACUGUAUUGAUAAAUUUUUUUUCCUUUAUUGUAUUGUUAUUUUUCUAUGGUAAUGGAUUUAGUUUCCAGUUGUGUGCUUUGUGUAGGAUUUUUUUAUGUCCUGUAGUGAUGUUUUGGGGGUCGGAAAGUAUUGCUAAAUGGCAUAAUGUCUGUCCUGUUGAUUUACUGCCUAAUUACAUGCUUAGACCAUAGAUAAAUAUAUAUUUAGGCCUAGGUUAAUCAAGACAGCAAUUAAAACUUUACUGACCACCAUAUUGGUCACUUUUUCUCUGCUGGAAAACAAAUAGUAGUCUGUAUAUAGUGUAAUCAUGUUUCACAAACCAUUGCCUUUUGUUCUAUACUGACAGGUGUGGAAUUCUAGAGGCAAGUGUAGAAUAUUGUUGCGUUUCUUAAUCAAGGUCCUAGAGGGAGCAGGGACACGUUCUUAAUGACCACGAUUAGUGCUGUGUUUGAUUGGUCUCAGAAAUGACUAAUACCAACUGUUACAAAUUAAACCACUUAGGUAUUAGCCACCCUUCAAGUUGAGCCACUUAAGUUUGAAUGACCCCCUUUUAGUAAGCCACUUCAAUUGUGGCUAUUUUUUGAAUUCACUUGAGUUAUGGGUGCUGUUCAACUGAAACCACUUGAGUCAUAGUUUCUUUUUGAUUAUAAUCCACAAAGUUAUACAUUUUCUUUGGCUUAAUCUGCUUAAGUUAUACUACAUUCUGAGUUAACCCAAUUAUAGAUUUUAGAAUUUUAGAUUGCAGAGUAUGGUCAUGUACAUUUUACCUCUGUUAUAACUAGCUAAAACACUUAUCACACGCUUUAUCAUAGUUAAAGCGUUGACUCAGGUAAUCAUUUUGUUGUAAUAUAACAAAACCACAGCAAACCUCAGGGAAUGGUACCAUUUCUAGUGACAUUGUUUUGUUUGUGUGUUACACCACAAUUCUGCUAGAUGCUUGCAUAUGUGGUAGAGGAGGUUAUCUGUGCAGAAAAAAAUUUAAUCUAGAAAAAAUGAGCAUAAUAGUCUCUAUUUAUAGCACUCCCUCUUUUAGCCACCAUGGUCUGUAUUAUGUAUUUAUAAAACGGAUAGUUCCGGUCCUAAAAUCUGAUUGGCUGAGCCGCGUUCGAAGCCGUUGUAAAAUCCCCGAUAAACGCACACCUAGGACCACCUCACAUCAUUCCAUAUUAAUACACCACUGAAUAGAAAAAAUUUAUGUUAUUUUCGCCCUCAUGUUGCCUAGCAACACUGUUAAUCGAACUAUUUUGCGUCGCGGAAGAAUGCUUUAUUGUAAGUUUAUACACAAUAAAUACAUUUAUGAAUUAAA